AGGGCCCCCCAUCCCGCUGGCACGCUGGCACUGCACCCCAUGGACGGCGUGUUCCUGUCCCCCAACGAGGAUGAGUUCGUGGGCAGGAUCUCCGAGGAGCUGGAGCACUUCAUGGAGCAGGGGCAGCACCACAGGGUGCUCCUGUUCCCCCCUCUGUCCAGUCGCCUCCGGUACCUGAUCCAUCGGACCGUGGAAAACAUGGAUUUGUUGAGCAGCUUCUCGGUGGGGGAAGGCUGGAGGAGGAGGACGGUCAUCUGCCACUCAGCUGUGAGGUUGGUGGGAAGUUUUUCGGGAAAAACUGACGCUGACCCCCACGCUGAGCCUCCUCCGUGCGGUACAUCCUUAGGGAAUAGCAACGAUUCCUCCGAGCAGGAAAGUCGGGAUAAAGACUGUUGUGAUUCCCUUUGUUCUGGGCACAGUAAACCCCCACCUCCCAAGGCAGAAGAGCAAGGUCUGAGCCGUGACAACACUGCUGUAGCAGAAGGCAGCGAAUUCCUGCGGGAUGGAGACCAAACCAGCGGGAAUGCCGGAGCGUUGGAGGGCGGGAAAACCUCCCUGCUGGAAAGCCGUGGUGGCAGCUCCUGUCCAGACCCAGCUGUGGUGCUGGAAAACCAAGAUAAGAGCAGUGCUGCUGCCAAGAGCCUGGAGAGCAGCAGGAACCUGCCAGCACCUGCAGAGCAGGGCAAGGUCUCCGGGAAUUCCUCCACGCCGGAAAGCCAAGAUGGGGAGCGCCCGAGUGCGGAGCAGAACCCCCUGGAAGCUCAGAGUGAGCCUCUGGAUGCACCUGAGCUGGGUGUUGGUGGUGACCCACCAGCUCCUGAGGAGCAGGGGGAGCACUGGGUGGAUGCUCCGGGGCAGAGCCACAGUGGGAAGGUGCUCCUGGAGGAGGAGGAGGAGGAGGACAAGGAGCCCUUGGAUGUGGCCGAUGUGCCCUGGAGGGAGCUGCAGGAGGAGAGGGGGAGCAGGCAGGAGCAGAGCAGCCUGGAGGACGACUGCAGUGCAGAGCUCUUGGCAGAGAUCAUGGGGAACCUGACGGUGAAGGACAUCAGCAUCGAGAGGAUCAGCGUGGACUACUCCAGCUACGGCCAGGCCCAGGUCAGCGAGGGGGAUUUCGGCCACGUCACCGAGAUCUACGACUUCCCCUCAUCCCUGAAAACGGAGGAUCUGAUGGAAAUGUUCUCAGAUUUCCACGAGAGUGGUUUCAAAAUCCAGUGGGUGGAUGACACACACGCCCUGGGAAUCUUCUCCAGCCUUUCCACAGCAUCUCAAGCCCUGGGCCGACGUUACCCCUGUUUGAAGAUCCGGCCCCUGGUCCACGCCAGCAAACAGUCCAAGCUCAGGGCCCUGCAGCGACCAAAACUCCUUCACCUGGGGAAGGAACGGCCCCAGACAGACACGGCCGUGGCCAGGAGACUUGUGUCCCACGCCCUGGGCUGGAGGCACAGGCAGCAGGAAGGCUCAGGAGCUGAAGUUUUCCAGCUGGAAACCUCGGACCAGCAGGAAUAAUAAUAAAAAAAAAGCACCUCGGCUCCCCCCUCCCUGUCCUCUCCAUCCACCCCCCUCCCCAAAAAAAAACUGCUGUAAAGAUGAGCAUGGCUGUGCUGUCCCAACUGCAUGUGGAGCAGGGAGGUGCCAGGGGAGGGGGGUUCUCCUUGGGAUCAGCACCAUCCUCCUGGAGUCGGGAAGGAAGGGGGAAGUUUAGUGUUCCUGGGAUUUGGGGAGCACUUUUUGUUUCCAGAGCCCCCGAUUGCUCAGCUGGGGCUUUCCAGAAAAGCCUCCUCUGGGUUUGGAGAAAAACAAACAAACAAACAAAAAAAAAAUUCAUUAAGAGUUAAUUCAUUAAGGGAAUUGUGUUUUCUUGGCCGAAAUUCCAGCUGGGCGUAAGAACAGGAGUUCAAAAAGCUUGUUCCACGUUUAUACCUUGUUGUGAUGUUAUUGUUGAGAUAUCCCAUAAAACUGCCAGGCAGUGGAUGCA